AUGACUGAAGCACCAAUUUCAUCCUUGAUCCCAUUACCGUCAACGGACGUAUUGCGAGCCCGAUUCGUCGGACGUCCAAUCAAUGAAUUACCAACGCCAUCUAUUCUUUUAGACAAGGCAAAACUGCAAUACAAUUGUGAACAAAUGUUACAAACCGUUGAACAGUGGGAUUGCAUGUUUCGUGCACAUGUGAAAACGCUCAAGACUGCUGAAUCUACUACUGCUCAAGUAGGACAAAGUCGUGAAAAGGCAAUCAUCGUUUCUACUCUGGCAGAAGCUUGGGGUGCAGUACAGUCAGGUCUGGUAAAACAAGGUAUCGUAAAGGAUAUCUAUUCGGAUCUGAAAGUGCUCAUCGAUCAUCCUAAUCAAGUCAAAGCCUUACAAGCAGCUUUGGAAACAGAUUUAGGCAAGUUCCCGCCCAUGAACGUGUUUAUCAAAAUUGAUUGUGGAUAUGUACGUGCAGGUUUAUCGGUAGACUCUCCAGUACUUCCAAUCCUCGUUCAAACAUUAGCACAAUCUUCGCAAUUGUGUAUUUUCGGUGUAUAUACCCAUGCCGGCUUCUCGUACGACAGCAAAAAUUCCAAUGAAGCAAAUUCUUACCUUUCAACGGAAAUGCAAAGUUUAGACAGGGCUGCUCAAUUGGUCAAACAAGUAUCAUCAAGCAUUCCAUCAGCAAAGAUUCGUACCCCUUUAGUGCUUAGCGUUGGCAGUACGCCUACUGCUCAUGCUGCAGGAACAAGUGGUCAAUCGGGAGCAGCGGUAGCAAUGAAAUCAAAAUUAACCGGAGGAGAGUUGGAAUUGCAUGCAGGUAACUACCCCGCUUUGGAUCUUCAACAAGUGGCAACGAAUGCGAUCCCAAAUGCGCAAAUACCUGGAAUCGAACGUUGUGCACUUUCAGUGUUAGCCACAAUCACUGCUUCUUAUCCUUCUCGUGAUGAAGCGAUGCUGGACGGUGGCGGAAUAGCUUUUGCGAAGGAUUUAGGCCCUAUUCCAGGUUAUGGACAUGUAGUUUGGCCGAAAGCGUACAUCGGAUGGCAAUUAGGCCGUGUUGCCCAGGAACAUGGAGUAAUGACCCUUCGACCUGUGCUUGGAGACAAAGUUCAAAUCAUCCCACAACAUGCUUGCAUGACAGCUGCAGCUCAUCCGUGGUACUUUGUCUUUGAUUCUUCUACAUCAGAGCAAGUUCCUACCGUUGUGGAUAUUUGGGUACCCUGGAAAGGAUGGUGA